CCUGCCAACAAAGAUAAACAUCUUACAGGGAUUCUUUGAAAAACAAUCAUUUGGUAGAAUAUAUUAUCUGAAUCAACAAUAUUUUACUGUUGUGUUCUUUUUCAGAUUGAUCUGAUAACCAACAAAUUGUUGCUAAUUGGCUGAAGAAGAUAAAAGAAAAUUAUUCAAUUUACAUUGAAUCAAAUUGCAACAAACUAUCAAUUGUUAUUUCAACAAACAAAAACGAUCUAGAAGGAAAUAGAAAAUUUUUUCAAAUAUCUUUUUAGAUCAUCAAAGAAGAAAAAUCCAAUUAGUAAUAUCCGAUCUUUGAAGAUUAUCGAGUGAUCCACACAAUUAAUAACAACAACAACAAUAAUUUUAGUAGAACUCUAUUAGCUUGCUAUACACGGGAUCACCUUAUUAUUGGAACUAGAAUAACAUAAUACAUUUUGGAUCAAACAUUAUAGAAUUGAAACUAUUAAAUGUCUAAUUUAAAGGAUAGAAUAGCAGCCUUUGAAAAUAGGAAUAAUACAGGUAGUGGUGGUGCUAGUACAACAAACAAUGCUCCUACCUCAAGUAAACCAACAAGGAUUAACGGAUCAGAAUUAACAUCAACUAGUGGUGGUGGCAGUGGUAGUGGCAAUGGUCACCCAAGUGGUCGUCCUCUUCCUCCAACUAAAACUACUUCAAGCAAUCCUGUAUCAACAACAACAACAACAAACAAUGGUAACAAUACCACAACUCCAAGAACUCUGCCACCAACACCAACCGAUAGAACCUCACUCAAUGUUGGACUGAAUAGAACAAAUACCACUACCAAUAAUAAUAACACUACUCCUCCAACUGUUAGUCCAAGAAUAAUAACAACCACACCUACCAAUACUACCAAUACUACACAAGUUGCUGCAGGUAAUUCUCAGAAUCAUCAGCACCACCACCCAACAACAAGCCAGCAUCAACCUUCUCCAACCAUAAAUACCACCCCAACAACGCAACAAGAAAAUAGCGCAACAUUAACUCCAGUAUCACCAUCUUCAUCUCCAACGCAAACACUCACAAGAGUUAAUUCUGCUGGACAACAGGACAAUCUUUAUGAUAUGACAAAUAAUGAGGACGGAAAUAUGGAGGACGAUCCAAGAAGACCGAAUGAUGUAAAUGCUAUUCAUCAAUUGCCAAAAAACAAACCUGCUGUACCUAAAAAGUUUAGAAAUACUCCAGGUACUACAACUACAAAUUCAACUUUGGGUAGACCAACACCAAAAGUUCCACCUUCAAUUCCACAAGCCAGAAGAGCUGUUACUUCUUCAGUCACACAAGUCGAUCUACCAACUUCAGAAAAUGGUUCUGAACCAAACACAACCACAACAAAUGUUGAUCCAGGUUCUACAAUCACCUAUUCCGAUUCAUUCAAUUCAUCAAGAAUAUCUAUUCGUCCAUCAGCCAAUGGAAUGCCUUAUGCUUCAGGAAUUGUUGGAUUAGGCGAUAAGCUCCCACAAGGAAAAUUCAUUCCUUAUGUUCCACCUGAAGUUGAGGAUACUGUUGUUAGUAGCUCUCUCACAAAACAAGUUAAACUUUCUAUUACAUCUGAAUCAGAUGCUGAAACAUUGGAAUUCCAGGAAAUUUACAAACAUCCAACUAAAAAACAACAAGAUGCUGCUGUUAUUCUUCAAAAGUAUAUCAGAAGAUGGGAUGCUAAAAAGGCCUACAAAAAGAUGCAAAAAGCCAGACUUAACAGAGAAAAUUGUGCCAAGGAAAUUUUGUCAACAGAAAAGUACUAUGUUGAAUCACUUAACAUUCUUCAAGAAGUUUAUCUUAAACCAUUCAAAGCUAUGGCUGCAAAGGAUAAACCAUUGAUCACCAAGGAAGAAGUCUCUGCUAUUUUCUCGGAUAUUGAUGUUAUUUUGAACUUUAACAAUACAUUUUUGAAAGAUUUAGAAGAGAGGCUCCAAAACUAUGUAUACACUGUUACGAUCAGUGAUAUUUUCCUCCAAAUUGCACCUUUCUUUAAAACUUAUUCACGAUACUGUAACAAUUUUGAUAAGGCAAAUGAAGUCCUCAGGGAAUGCAAAAAGAGGGAAGAAUUCAAGGAACAAGUUUCCAAGAUGGAUAAGGAUAGUAGAACCUCCAAGUUAGGUCUGCAAAGUUAUCUUAUUCUCCCAAUCCAACGUAUUCCAAGAUAUAGAUUGCUUCUCCAAGAUUUGAUCAAACAUUCAGGACCUUCCCAUCCCGAUUACAAAGGAUUGAAAUUGGCUCUCGAAAAGAUUUGUGAAGUUGCCGAUCACUUGAACAAUACAAUGAAGAGUAUUGAAGCAACCAAUGAAAUUAUCAAGAUUCAAUCCCAAUUCUAUGGUGAAUUGAAUUUGGUUGAACCUCAUAGAAAAUUCUUGAAAGAUGGUGCAUUGCAAGAAAUUGUUUCCGCUGACUUUACCAAAACAAGAGAUAUCUAUGUUCAUCUUUUCAAUGAUAUUAUUCUCCUUUCACAAAAAUCAGGGAAAACUUUCACCCUCAAACUUCAACUUCCUCUCAAUGAUUUGAUUAUUUUCAGCUACCUAAACCAAGAAGAUCAAAUUGAUGACACAAUCUUUAAAUUACAAUCACCAAGUAAGGCAAUCAUCAUCAAGACAGCUACACCAGCCGAAAAAAAUAGUUGGACCAUCACUUUGCACAAUUUGAUUAAUGAAUCUAAAAUUUCCAAGAAGAAUAAGACACUCAAUGUGGAUGUACAUACAAUUGCUGACGAUUCUUCAACUACAUUUGCUUUGGCUAUGAGUGACAAUGAUGGUAUUGUCAUUCCACCUGAAGAGUGUAUCAGAAGAAUGAAGGCUGGUUCUACUAUGCUCAAAUAUUGUCGUACUGGUAAGCCUCACUUUAGAAGAUUUGUAUUGAGUUCUGAUGAAACUGAACUUAUGUGGGGAUCCCCUAAUAAGCAAUCUAACGAAUCUAUUGUGUCUCUUACUGAUGUCAAGAAGAUUUGUUACGGCCAAAACACAGCAAUUUUCCAAAAGUAUAAGAAUCCUGAUCUUGAAGGUCUUUCAUUCUCAUUAUUGUACAGAGAUAGAACUUUGGAUAUUGUAUGUAAGGAUAAGCAAGAGUAUCACACAUGGGUACAAGGUAUCACAUACUUGUUGUCACACUUGGAUUCCAUUUUAAAGAAGAAGACUGUUGUCCCAGUUGUUGGAAACGAACCAAAAUUCGCACCAAUCACCAUCGUCCACGAUAUGGAAAAUGAGAAACAAAAAUUCAAGGAACAAUUUGAAAGAAUUGGUGAUGCUUAUACAUGGGGUCAAGGUGCUAGUGGUUCACUUGGACACGGAAAUCAAGAAGAUAAGAAGGAGCCUCUGGUUAUGAAGGACUUUUUAUAUUUGGAUGUUUCUAUGGUUGCUUGUGAAAAUUCUGCUGGUGCUGCUGUCAUGUUUACAGGAGAAUUGUUUACAUGGGGCAAAGGAGAAAAAGGUAGAUUGGGUCAUGAAACAUUUAGAAAUAUGCCAGUUAAACAAAUUGCUGCUGGUAGUGCACACAGUGGUUGUAUCACAGAAGGAGAUGGAGCUGUUUACAUGUGGGGAAGUGGUAUUUAUGGCCAAAUUGGUAACAAUACUAAUACUCACGCUUUAACACCAAUGAGAGUCAAGUUUGGUAAACUGAAAGCCAAACAACUUGUAUGUGGUGUUAAUCACGUACUUGUUCUUAUGGAAGAUGGAUCUGUUUACGGUUGGGGAGCUGGUACUUAUGGUAGACUUGGUAAUGGUAAUGAAUCAGAUCAACGUGUUCCUGUAAGAAUUAAUUUCUUUGACGAUAAGAAUGUUCGUGGAUUGGGAGCUGGUGGCAGUAGUAGUGCUGCUGUUUGUGCUCACCAAUGGGUUCCUGAUAAGGAUGCUGAUGAUUGUAUGAGUUGCAAGUCAAAGUUUACAUUCCUCAGAAGAAGACACCAUUGCAGAUAUUGUGGUGGUAUUUUCUGUGGAAGUUGUACUGGUAAAAGAAUUACUCUUCUUCGUUUUGGUUUUGAUGAACCAGUUAGAGUUUGUGACAAUUGUUAUCAAAUUCUUACAAACGCUGCUCAAACCUACAAGAGGUAAUUUGUAACAUAUAAAACUAUUUAUUUAAAAUUUUU